AUGGAGACGAUCUGGAGCGCGGCCGCGCCCGCGAGGGUCCUCGUCGGCGGGAAUGGCAUCGCCGCGAGACGAGAUCCUUCUCGCUCGGCGCGCGACGACGUCGACGCCGCGGACGCCGCCGCGACGGCGAACGACGGGGGCGAACGCGACGACGUCGUCGGCGCAUUUUUGCCGCCUCGAGCGCGCGUCGGACGCAUCGACGCGUGGAGGGAUCAGGGCUUCGCCUCCGCGCGCGACAUGCGCGACGCGCUCAAGACAGACCUCGGCCGGCACAACGCGCGACGCCGCGCGAAGGGCAAGGCGGCGGUCACCGAGGAAGAGUUCCAGCGCGCGCUCGAGGGGGGCGGCGACGACGCGGACGACGUGAGCAGCAUCUCCGGCAGCGACGACGACGACUCGGACGACGACGACGAAGAGCACGACGACGACGGCGACGGCGACGGCGGGACGGGCCGGCGUUUCACAGCCAUCCGCGGCGCCGCGGAGGGCGCGCAAGUCGUGUGCGACCCUGGCGCGGAAGGAGGGACGCCUCCGUACGCGGUGUGGCGCGCGCUGCUCGCGCCGGACGAGCGCGGGACGCGCGCGGCGGCGGCGGAAGCGAGCGCCGCGUUCGACGCCGCCGCGGCGUUGCGGACGCUGAGAGAUCUUCGCGGAGUAGGCGUCGAAGAUGCGACGAAUCAUGAUCCGAAUCCGAAUCAGGCGAAGAAACCGAAACCCUGGGCGGUCAUCUUGAGCCGCGGCGGGCACUUCGCGGCGUCGAUAUUCGACCCGACGAAGUUCGUCGCGCCGAAAGGUUCGGGCGGCGCGGGCGGCGCGGGGGGCGCGCGGAAUGCCGCUAUAAUAAGAGAGCACGAGCGCGAGAGCGCGUUCCUGCGCGCGGUUCCUCCGCCUUCGGCGACGAUUCACAAGACGUUCCAUCGCUACGUCGUGGUGCGUCGCGUCUUACACUGGUUCCCAUACGACCGCGUUCGCGUGGUGAACGCCGAUCCUGAAGGACUUUUCUUCCCGGCGUCUCUCUCCGCCCAGGGUCCCUCGCUUUCAAUCCCCGCCCGCGCGAAAGCCGGCGGGCGGCAGUCGACGAAGGACGCGGGCGGCGGGAAGACGAUCAAGAGCGCGGGGAGCUCGAUCCGACGCGCGAACGAGCGCGCGCUCAGAGCGGAGAUCGUCGAGACGCUGACGGGGUGGCGCGACGAGCUCGGCGCGUGCGCGUUGAUUUUCGUCGCCGCGUCGCCCGCGGACGCGCGGACGCUGUUUGAUUCGCGGGGCCCGAAGGACGGACGGACGGCGUUAUGUACGGCGGCGCUCGAUAAGAGCGAUCGAAGGAUUCGACGCGUGCCGUUCGCGACGCGGCGGCCGACGUUCAACGAGACGCGGAGGGUCGUCGCGCGGUUGGCGGCGGUGAACUACAAAGUGGAGGUCGCGGAGGAGGAGGAGGAAAAGGAGGAGAGGGAGAGAGAGACGGAGGAAGACGAGGACGGCGCGACGAGCGACCGCGAUUAUCGCGAUCGCGCGGGGUUGUCCGAGCGCGCGGCGGAGAGGUUUUGGGAGGUCAACGCGCGCGCGGCGGCGGCGGCGGCGCUCGGCGGCUUGGGUCUCGACGGCGGCGACGGCGACGGCGACGGCGGCGAGCCGGUCGACGCGCCCGGGACCGCGAGGCCUCAGCCUCUGUCGAAGAAGGAGAAGGAGAAACUGAAGAAGCAGCGCGCGAAGGAGCGGAAGAAGGCGGCGAAGGCGGCGGCCGCGGACGACGCGGCGCAAGGGGAGGAGCCCGAAGAAGCUCCCGCGGCGGCGGCGGCGGGUCAAAAAGCGAAAGCCCCCGCGGGCGGUCGCGCCGCCGCGCUUCUGGCGAAGACGAAGCAGAAGGAGACCGACCGACGCGACGAGAUGGUGAGGCCCGCUCCCGUCCCCCAUCAUUUCCUUUCCUUUCCCCCUCGCGACUUUUCGACCGGAGAGAGACUUACUCGAAGACUCGACGCGUCUUUUUAA